AUGCUUGUGGAGGGCUCGGAAAAUUUACAGAGAAUAAGAAAAGGUCGACAAGACAACAUUCAAAGUCUGAAGGAGAACAAGACCAAAAUUGAAUUGGAAAUUAAGGAGACACGAAUAUUGAUUAACGAUCAUCUCGAUAAACUGCAGGAAAGUCUGCUGAAAGAGUUGUAUGCCGCUGAGGAAAAGGAAAACAAGAAAAUCAGCUGUUUAAUAUCAUCCAUACAAGAGAAAGAAAUGGAGAUAACAGAAUACCUGACCAAUUUCGAUAAAAUAAAACAGCAUGCUUCAGACCUCCAGACAUUCGUGGCUAAGAAACACAUCCAACAAGACGUAUCAAAAAACGAACAAUUCAUAGAAUCCAUGUUAAAAGAAGACAAAACAAACAAUGUUACCCUUUCUUUUAAAAAAGAAAAAGUUUUCGAAAAUCUACCUACCACUCUUAUCAAGAUUGGACCCAUUAUCGUAGAUACCAUGUCAAGUGAUAUAACACUAACAAGACGGAAGAACAAACAAGCACAGAUAAUGCUGCCUCCUACACACGUUCCAACCAUUGAUGAUAUAAAAUUAACUUUGAAACAGACCGUGAAUACAAUGGGAGCAUAUAUCACUGAUUGCUCCUUAUUACCUGAUGGCAGAAUGAUUUUUUCCUGUAACGAAAGUAACAAAAUCUACGUAAUCAAAACCGACGGAUCGUUAGAUUUUACAUUACAGACAGGAUCGUUAAUAUAUAUACACUAUAUAGAGGACAGUCAAAAACUUGUUGUGACAUCUGGCACUAACAAGUCAAUCACGACAAUAAAUAUGAAAGACAGAAAAACUGAAAAAUUGAUUCAAUGUGGGUCAUCGGUUUAUAGAAUAGCUCACAACAAUGGACAAUUGUUCUAUAAUGGAUAUAGCAGUGGUUUAUGUGUUGUAAGUUUAGAUGACGACUCAGUGACACAGCUAGUAAACGUUAAGUUGCGUUCGAGAAGCAGCAUUGCAAUAUGGUCAGAUCAACUUUAUUAUCUAAACAUUGAUGAUUCAGUAGUAUGCUGUGAUCUUCAAGGGAAACUAAAAUGGAAAUCAGAACUCAAACCAUUUCUUCAAGGUGCACGAGGUAUUGCGGUAGACAAUCACGGACGUGUUUAUGUAUCAGGCCUUCAUUCUCACAAUGUCGUUGUCAUUUCACCAGACGGAAACAAACACAGGUUGUUGCUGGCAGGGAAAGAUGGUCUUCAAUGGCCACAAGCUUUGUUCUUUGAUCGAACAAAUAACAAGCUACUAAUUGCGAACGAAACAUAUGAGGCAUUUCUUUAUGAUGUUUCAAAUUGUUGA